AUGAAGGACCUGGACGCCAUCAAGCUCUUCGUGGGCCAGAUCCCGCGCAACCUGGACGAGAAGGACCUCAAGCCGCUCUUCGAGCAGUUCGGCCGCAUCUAUGAGCUCACGGUGCUCAAAGACCCCUACACGGGCAUGCACAAAGGCUGUGCCUUUCUCACCUACUGUGCCAGGGACUCCGCCAUCAAAGCUCAGACUGCCCUGCACGAACAGAAGACCUUGCCCGGGAUGGCACGGCCAAUCCAGGUGAAGCCUGCGGACAGCGAAAGCCGAGGAGGGGACCGGAAGCUGUUUGUGGGGAUGCUGAACAAGCAGCAGUCAGAGGAGGACGUGCUGCGGCUGUUCCAGCCCUUCGGGGUCAUAGACGAGUGCACCGUGCUCCGGGGGCCCGACGGCAGCAGCAAAGGCUGUGCCUUCGUGAAGUUCUCCUCCCAUACGGAGGCUCAGGCGGCCAUCCACGCCCUGCAUGGCAGCCAGACCAUGCCGGGUGCCUCCUCCAGCCUGGUGGUCAAGUUUGCUGACACGGACAAGGAGCGGACACUGCGGCGCAUGCAGCAGAUGGUGGGCCAGCUGGGCAUCCUGACGCCGUCCCUCACCCUGCCCUUCAGCCCCUACAGUGCCUACGCCCAGGCUCUCAUGCAGCAGCAGACAACGGUCCUGUCCACCUCAGGCAGCUACCUGAGCCCUGGCGUGGCCUUCUCACCCUGCCACAUCCAGCAGAUCGGCGCCGUCAGCCUUAACGGGCUGCCCGCCACACCCAUCGCCCCUGCCUCUGGACUGCACUCGCCCCCGCUGCUCGGCACCACCGCCGUGCCCGGCCUUGUGGCUCCGAUCACCAACGGCUUCGCAGGUGUUGUGCCCUUCCCUGGCGGGCACCCCGCCCUAGAAACCGUAUAUGCCAAUGGCCUUGUGCCCUACCCAGCUCAGAGCCCGACGGUGGCCGAGACCCUUCAUCCCGCCUUCUCCGGAGUACAGCAGUACACAGCCAUGUACCCCACCGCGGCCAUCACGCCCAUCGCGCACAGCGUCCCCCAGCCGCCGCCCCUCCUGCAGCAGCAGCAGCGAGAAGGUCCCGAAGGCUGUAACCUGUUUAUCUACCACCUCCCCCAGGAGUUUGGAGACACGGAGCUGACGCAGAUGUUCCUGCCCUUCGGCAAUAUCAUCUCCUCCAAGGUGUUUAUGGAUCGGGCCACCAACCAGAGCAAAUGUUUUGGCUUCGUGAGCUUUGACAACCCGGCCAGCGCGCAGACCGCCAUCCAGGCCAUGAACGGCUUUCAGAUCGGCAUGAAGAGGCUCAAAGUGCAGCUGAAGCGGCCCAAAGAUCCGGGACACCCCUACUGACCGGCCCACAGCGCCCCGAGGCUGCGGGCUUGGCCCAGGUGAGGGGCCUUCCCACUUCCAACCGAUCCAGGACUUUUACGUAAAUUACAACUGAGUUUGGACACCAGCCCCCCCCUUCCCCCCUGACCCCCUCCCCAUAAUGUGAAACGCUGCCCAAGGCCACAUGGAAUGGGGAGGGGGCUUCAUGGUCUGCGGGGGACUCCUGAGUUGGGGGCCAAGGGGUUCACUGCCCCCUCCUGGGAGAUUUCCUCGCUCCCACCUUCCUCCCACACACACAACCUUUGUGGCUUCCCCAAAUGAAAUCGCAACUUUUCCUAUAUAUAUAUAUGCAUAUAUAUAUAGAGCUAUAGACAGUAUAUAUAUUUUUUGAGUAUAGAUCAAGGGACCAAACUUUUCCGACUUCCUUCCAUCCAAGAGAAGGUGACCCUGGGCCGGUCACUCAGCAGGGACGCUCAGAAGGGCUGAGGCUGGCGGGGCAGCCCAGUGUCCCCCACCUCCCGCUGUCAUGUCAGACCAGGGCGCCGGCCAAGCACUGGGAAUCAUCAGCCAACGCGAUAUACCUCCAGGACUUUUGACACCCCCCUCCCCCCGCCAUCGACGAUUCUCGCGAGCCUGUGGGCUCAGCCGGCUUCAGUGUCCCUGGUCCUAGCUGCAGCUUCUGGAACCCCCAUCCCCUUCGUUCCAGGGCCCUGCCUUCCCCAGUUGUAGGCACAAAACAGACCCCUUGGCCUCUCCCGCCCUCUCCCGCCCUCUCCCCUCCCCAGUCAUAGCCUUACUCAUGUGACCAAUAGCCCUUAGCUUUCCGUCGGGGACAGACAGGGUCGGGGGAGCCCCCCACCCCUGGAGCCCCUUCCCAAGGGUAGGCGGCCACCCUCCCUGCCUUUGGAUCACCAGCCUGGAAUUCACAAUCUCAUGACCAAGAUCGCCACGUGCACUGGACAAGCCCAGCUUGCACGGGCUCAGCAUCCCUUCACCGGAGAUACCUCUACAAAGUUUUUUUUGUUUUUUUAAUCUUUCUGAGCAGGUACAAAGAAGAAAAGAAAUGGGGGGAAAAAUCAAACGACAGUGAAUUUUUGUUUCCUAGUUGGGGUGGGGAGGGAAAUCCUGUGGGGUGCCUCUGUAUAGCUACCCAAACCGUGAAAACCCCCCUUGAAGCACAGAGUCAAGUUCGGGUUUUUUUUGUUUUUGUUUUUUGUUUUUUGGACAUCCGGUGGGGCCUCGCGCCAGACGAGGCACCAGUGAACUUCAUAAACUCAAGAAAAAAAAUUUUUUUGAAAAGAAAAACAAAGCAUUCCCUUUUGUUUCUACCAAAAUGUGUUGACCG